AUGAAUAGUAGCGUAAAAAAUUUGUAUAAUAAAGUAAGAGAAAAAAUUGUUGCCAUUAUUGAAUGGAGGUCUACACUUUCUCCGUUAUAUCUAUUUACAGUUAAUACUAGUUUUUGGUUAUCAGUUUUUUAUCUUCAAAAAGAUUACCAACUUCAAAUUUUAGUAUUUGCUGCAAUUUCUAUUUUGUCAUAUGAUAUAUUACUGACACCAACAGAUGAAAAUUCAGUAAUAGCUCAUAUAUUUUUAUGGCCUUUUCGUAGUUUUUUUAGAACUACAGCAUUUUUAUUACUUUGUUACUCUUCUAAUGAAUUAAAAGAAGGUGAUAAAGAAUAUGCUUGUUGGUCGGGAUAUAUAGCUUUACUACUAUUAUUAAUUAAUCCAGUUUGGGUUUAUAAUAAAACAACUCAAAAAAUUAAAAAUGGUAUUUUCAUAAGUAUAGAUGUAUGUAUUGUAAAUCCACUAAGUAAAAUAUAUGCAGCUGUAUAUUAUAUUUGCACAUUCAAAUUUUUAAAAGGUCUAUCAGAAUAUAGUUCUCGACAACUUUGUCGCGCUAAACAAUUAUUUAUCACUGUUAAUAAUGAUAUCUCGGAAAGAUUAAAAAAUAGUUGGAGGUAUAUAGUUUCAAAAAUAGAUUAUUAUUUGUAUGAACCUAUGAAAAAUAAAGCUAUAAAAACAAAAAAUUUUGUAUAUUAUUGGUUAUUUGCUGGUUGGUGGCCUUUACUGACAAAUUUUUUAGAUUCUAAAAUUGGACAACCUGCAAAAGAUAAAUAUUACAAAUUUGUUAAAAAAGUUCAAUAUAUUGUUUAUGGAUAUUGGCUUUCUCCGGUCGUUGAAAAAGCUAAAAUUAUUCUAAAAAAACAAACCUUAAUGAUAUUAAUUUAUACAAAAAAUCUUAGUAUUCAGCUUGUUUGGGGAUACAAUACUGCAUUAGUUCCAGUUUUUAGUGUAGUUAAAGAAAAAUAUCGUAUUGUAGAAGAUAAUGUUUUAAUUUAUUUUUUGGCUCCAGUCUGUCAAACGGUAAUAAGUGCUGUUCCAGAAAAAUCACCUUUUGUUGAGGAUAGUGAUUUAGAGUUAGAUGAUUUCUUACCUAAUGAAGAUGAUGCUGAAAGUAAUGCAUCUUGGGAUCCUGAUGAUGAUGAGGCAAGAAGAAAAGAAAUAGAAGCUGCUUUAUUGGCAAAAAAAGAAAAAAUAAGACAAAAAAGUGCACGGAUAGAAUUUCCUGAUUUUAAUGAUUUAGGAUCUAGUGAUGAGGAAUUUAUGUUUGACAAUUAA